AAUUAAGUGUGAGGUCAUUUUGGAUUGGAAGAGAAGGCAGAAGAGAGGGAGAGAAAGAGAGAGACAUGGGAAGGCCUCCUUGCUGUGAGAAGGUUGGCAUCAAGAAGGGUCCAUGGACCCCUGAGGAGGACAUCAUCCUUGUCUCUUACAUCCAAGAACACGGUCCGGGCAAUUGGAGAUCAGUUCCCACAAACACUGGGUUGUUGAGGUGCAGCAAAAGUUGCAGGCUCAGAUGGACUAACUACCUCAGACCUGGAAUCAAGAGAGGGAACUUCACACCUCAUGAAGAAGGGAUGAUCAUUCAUUUGCAAGCUUUACUGGGUAACAAAUGGGCAGCCAUAGCUUCCUACCUCCCACAGAGAACAGACAAUGACAUAAAGAACUACUGGAACACCCACUUGAAGAAGAAGCUGAAGAAAUUUCAAUCAGCUCUAGACCCUCACAUGGCAUCAGACUCAACCACAAGUACCAGUCAUCAACUAAAUAUUGUAUCAAGGAGGAGUUUGAGUGAAGGGAGCUUAAAUAAUAUGGCAAGUCAUGCCUCCUCAGUUACUCUGAAGAACAACCAAUCCUCCACAUAUGCCUCGAGCACCGCAAACAUUUCGCGACUCCUGGAAGGUUGGAUGAGAUCCUCCCCAACCCCAAAGACACUGUCUAACACUAACCAUCUCAAACUCAAUGCAUCUGAUGAUCUUCAGGAUCAAGAAACACCUGCUGGAAAUCUAGUAUCUCGUCACGAAGAGUUAGAAUCGAUUUUGUCGUAUGAGAACUUGAACAAUGUUGCUUCAUGGGACAGGUCCACUUGUGAUUCUACUCAGUCUGAUAAUAAGUUGAACCCUCGAUGUGGUAAGGUUGCAAAUGAUGGCGAAAUAAUUCAUGAUGAUGAUCUUGUGCCUGAUCAUGAUCAGAAGAACAAGCAAAUUAUUAGAUGUGAGAGCAGUACAAGUGCUCCUCCAUUAUCAUUUCUCGAGAAGUGGCUGUUGGAUGAAAGUGCUGGACAAGUAGACGAUGAUCAGAUGAUGGAAUUGUCUCCGAUGUCCUCGGUUUGAGCUACCUAAAACAAAAACAAAAACCAACAAAGAAGGGUGUUUAUUGAUCUCUUUUGUGCUGAGGUUUCAACAAGUCUGGAAUCUCUAUGCUGAUAAUUGUAAUUUUUUUUUCUUCUCUUGCUGAAUGGAUUAAGGAAGUUGAUCAUCA